AUGGCUACCUUCACCAUCAACUCAACCAAUGAGAGCAGCGUGCAAAACUGUCGCUGUCGCUUCAAGGAGGACUUCAAGUACAUCCUGCUUCCUGUCAGCUACACUCUGGUCUUCGUGAUUGGCCUAGCCCUGAACUUCACGGCCAUGUACGUGAUCCUGUUCCGUACAAAACUCUGGAGGCCCUCCACGGUGUACAUGUUCAACCUGACGGUCUGCGACACGCUCUACAUCUUCACCCUACCCUUCCUAAUCUACUACUACGCCGACGAGAACGACUGGCCCUUCAGUGAGCCGUUCUGCAAACUCAUCCGCUUCCUGUUCUACGCUAACCUCUACGGUUCCAUCCUGUUCCUGUGCUGCAUUAGCCUGCACCGCUUCCUGGGUGUGUGCUACCCGAUGAGGUCACUGAGCUGGGUCAGCGCCAGGAGAGCCCGGCUGGUGUCUGUUGCGGUGUGGGCGUGUGUGCUGAUGUGCCAGGCUCCCGUCCUCUACUUCUCACGGACCAGGGACGAGGGAACGGAGAGGGUGUGUUUCGACACCACCAGUCCAGAGUUAUUUCAUGACUUCCUGGUGUACAGCUUGGUGGUAUCUAUGCUGCUGUUUGCCUUCCCGUUCAUGGUGGUGAUGGUGUGCUAUGGACUGAUGGUGAGGAAGCUUCUGGAGCCCACCUGGGGGGCAGGGGGGAGCCAGUCGAGGGGAGUCGGGAGGAUCGCUCCUCACCGCUCCAAACAGAAGUCUGUGAAGAUGAUAAUCAUCGUGUUAGCAGCGUUCAUGCUGUGUUUCCUACCCUUCCACCUGACCAGAAGUGUGUACUACUUCCUCAGAUACCUGGAGCAGAUGGAUCCCUCCCAGGUGAGCUGUGAGCUGCUGAAGGCGUCCAGCCUGGCCUAUAUGGUGACACGCCCCCUGGCCAGCGCCAACAGCUGUGUGGAUCCCGUCCUUUACUUCAUGGCUGGGCAGGGUUUCCGUAGUAACCUCGGCAACACAAAUCAGAGCAUCGCCAAGGAAACCAGGAAGCGUGAUGGCGGCCCUUUCGAAGCAGCUCUGACUGUCAGGAGAGUCAAUCUAUGUACUGAAUAGCUAUUGAACCGAGUGAAGUCCAUCGGACAAACACACUGGAAGGAUGACUGCCUCCUCUGAACGGAAUAUUAUUUAGCCCAUAUUAUUAGACUGUUUGAAGGAGAAUGUAUGUCAUGAUAUUUUAUUGAAUGUUCUUUCCCUGACUGGUAAAUCCUGGGAGAUUACAACAUACAAUAGAAAUACCAGAUGUCUUACUUGAAAGUGAGUGGGGAAAACAGUAACUCAUUGAUUGAAAUGUGACUUAGCUAAGGAAGCUCCAGGCAGGAAUACACUGGUUGAUGCUGAGGGUGUAGAGAGAAUAGAUGCUGUAAUAACAUGUCAGGGACGUUAGUGAUACUGUAUUCACAAUAAACAGUAAAUAUAUAUUUAGGGGCCGCUGAUUGCAGUGUAUC